AUGAAUUCAGGAUUUCCUAGACGCGCAGCUCCCGCGUUGGGGCUUCGUGUGUUUCCGCACGGGGCGGCGCCCGCCGCCGAUGACACAGCCUGCGACCAACUUCGGUGGACGUUCGACAAUAUUGCCCAGAUCGUGCUGACUCUUGUGUGGAAGCACGACGGCCAUAUGCUUUAUGAUACCUGCGAGAACGUCUUCGUCUCGGAUUUGAGUCUGCAGGGGGCGUAUACUAAAGACCUUCGCGCCCGGUUCCGCACAAUGAGGGAUAAAAACGAGAUCCCGGAAGGAGUCCACCGGGACUGCUUCUUAGUUACCGAUACCCAAACCCCGACAUGCGAUUACAUUGCACAAAAAAAGGAGUAUCGAGGCGGAGAUGAGUGGGUGCCUUAUGUCAAUGCCUUCGAUUCCGACUUUGAUGAGACUACCGAACCGCCAGAGGGCGGCUUUGCCGGUCAAAUCAGCGUCCCCUUGCCCAAGGUCUUCGAUUAG